GCGGAGGGGAGUGAGCGGCAGCCGGCUGGGGGAGGGGGUGUCGGCGCACCUCAGAGUGCUGAGCUCGGUGAGCCAGGCACCCCGAGCAGCCGCCUCCCCCUCCCCCUGCCCAGACCGCUAGAAACCCCUUCACAUCCAUCCUCCCCAGGCUGGAGUGAGCAGGGCUGAGGUGUCCCAAGCGGGCGGGGCGGAGCCUGGAGCCCCUCGGAGCACUGCGGAGCCAACCUCACCUCCUUUCCUGGGCGCAAGUGUGAGCCACUGCCCCAUGCUGUGUUGAUGCUGAUCUGCCAUGCUAGCCUGUCUACCAGGGCCAGGUGACCUGUCCUUUCAGCUUCUUUCUCACACGCAGAUGAACACUGGACUUCAGAAAUGGGACACUACACAGAAAAUGAGAACUGCUCACUAUCCUACCCCAGCCGAAUUGGACGCGUAUGCUAAGAAGGUCGCAAACAACCCACUGACUAUAAAAAUCUUCCCCAACAGUGUGAAGGUUCCCCAGCGGAAACACGUUCGUCGUACUGUGAACGGCCUCGACACAUCAGCCCAGCGCUACAGCCCCUACCCGACUCAGGCUGCCACCAAGGCAGGCCUGCUUGCCAUUGUCAAAGUGCCAGCCAAAAGCAUACUCAAGGACUUUGACGGCACCCGAGCCCGGUUGCUCCCUGAGGCCAUCAUGAACCCCCCAGUGGCGCCCUAUGCUACUGUGGCACCCAGCACUUUAGCUCAUCCACAGGCCCAGGCUCUGGCCCGCCAGCAGGCCCUACAGCAUGCACAGACCCUGGCUCAUGCCCCUCCCCAGACGCUGCAGCACCCUCAGGGUAUCCCGCCACCCCAGGCACUGUCCCACCCUCAGAGCCUCCAACAGCCUCAGGGUCUGGGCCACCCUCAACCCCUGGCUCAAACCCAGGGCUUGGUCCACCCUCAGGCCCUGGCUCAUCAGGGUCUCCAGCAUCCCCCCAAUCCGUUGCUGCAAGGAGGCCGGAAGAUGCCAGACUCAGAUGCUCCCCCAAAUGUGACUGUGUCUACCUCAACUAUUCCCCUUUCGAUGGCGGCUACCCUGCAGCACAGCCAGCCCCCGGACCUGAGCAGCAUCGUGCACCAGAUCAACCAGUUUUGCCAGACGAGGGCAGGCAUCAGCACUACCUCAGUGUGUGAGGGCCAGAUCGCCAACCCCAGCCCCAUUAGUCGCAGUCUGCUCAUCAAUGCAAGCACUCGGGUGUCGACCCACAGCGUCCCUGCACCAAUGCCUUCCUGUGUGGUUAAUUCCAUGGAGCACACACAUGCGGCUGCAGCCGCACUACCCUCUACAGUCCCUGUCAACCUGCCCACAGGCAUCUCUCGAGCCCCCACUGGCUACACUAACGACCUCAAGCCAGUUGCCUGGAACCAGCACCAGCUGGCCCACCUACAACAGAUGUGCAGUGAGGCUGGUGGGACGCCAGCCCCUGGCCUGACAGGCAAGCAUGCAGCAGGACGCGAGUUAGCAGGGCCUGGCUUUGUGGGCAAGACCCCUGCCUACCCGCAGGAACUCUGCCUGGCACAGUCCUUCCAUCUGAAGCCACCCCUGGAGAAACCAACCCCAUCCCCACCAGUCAACGGCCUGGCAGCCCCAUUGGCCUACCCUAAUGGGCACUACUUCCAGCCCCUGUGGAACAACAUUCUGCCCACUCCCAAUAGCGACAGCUCAGGGUCUCAGGACCUCGCCAUGCCAUUCCACGGUGGGCAGCCCACGGGUGCACCCCUCGACUGUGCGGCAGCAGCUCCUGGGGCUCACUACCGAGCAGGGACCGGAGGUGGUCCAGUGGCAAGCCAGAACAGCUUGAUGCAAACGGUGGAUUACCUAAGCGGGGAUUUCCAACAGGCCUGCUUCCGAGAACAGAGCCUGGCCAUGCUGAGCAAGGCCCACCGCGCCCCUGGCAGCCGAGCCCCCGAUCCCACAGAUAGUCGAAGUCUUCAUAUUCAGCACCCGGGGUAUAGAUAGGUAGCCCUGGUGCCCUCCACAAGCAACACAUCAUACUUCACCCUCCUAGGUUUAGUCUUACUUUUAAAUAACUGGAUAGUUUCAAAGUUUCACUGCUCCAAUGUGAUCACUCCUAGAUGUCUCAAGGAGAAUUUGGUGGGAUAUCAUUGAGGACAGGAGUCCUCUCAUUCUCUGCUCAAGGAGGCAGCUUUUUAUGUUAGAACCUAACCACAGCUCUGUCCCUUUACCUUGACCAUUUUGACCAACCUCCUCCCAUCUUCCUGAACCUCUGCUUGUCUUCUUUAGGACUGAAGUGUGAGCUAAGGGAAAGGCCCCGCACGACAUGGCUGCAAGUGCCCAGGCCUCGAGCUAGGCCUUUCCCUGUCUCUGCCUUUGGGACAGAGAGGCCAGACUUCCCAAGUGCUCUGGAAGCUAAUUCUUUAGUCACCCAAAGAUCUCAAAAUCGACUCCCAAGUUCAUUCUCCAGCCCCCUGCCUCUUUCCUUCCUCAAGGCUGUGUUUUAUAUUUGUGUUAAUCCUGGAGCCAUGCUGGACCACAGGGGCAUCCUGUGAGUUUUGGGGGCAUAACCUUGAGACACACGGGAGAAGAAAAGCCUGUCUUUGUACUGGCACCUUGGUCCCUGACGCCAUUUUUCAGGUGUGGAAAGGACGUGCAUGCC